CAACAAAUAUAAACCUGAAGGUCAGUGUGUUUAUAUAGCCCCAUGGUCAGUGCGAGAGAAUGGCGCAUUAUGCAUGCAUGCUCGAGUGAGCACCAACAAAGGACCUUGCUACCUACGCUUUUAUUAGCACCGGUUGAAUCGCUAUUUAUAAUUCACGCGCCAUGUACAUAAAUUUCGAUCACACAUAGUGGGUUCCAUUUCUUUGUCAGCUGUACAUGUUUCUACAUACAUGUACAUGUACAUGUACAAUGUACAAUGUACAUGUACCUUAUUCCUCCAUGCAUGUACUACUACAGUGGUUUACUGGGUGAUAACUAGUGUGGUUUAUUGCCUACUCUAAUUAUCCGGAGCGGCCAUGGUGGGCAUGGAGUGUCGUUGGCGUCAAGUGAUUUUGCUGUGCAUACUGGUUGUUUUUCUCAUCGUGACGUACCUCGCUGUCCGCCACGCCAAGAAACAUGUAUACAGCAUACCUCCUCACACAUCGAAGUCCGAUUUGGAGUUUGUCGUCUCUCAUUACAACGAGAAUCUGGACUGGUUGAAACCGCUGGCCACUCACAGCCACGUGUACCACAAGGGGACGGACACGACCCCGCCCUUCCCCGUCAACAUAUGGGAGAAGUUCCCCAACGUGGGUCGGGAGGGUCACACCUUCUUAUACCACAUCAUCCACAACUACGACAGCCUCGCCGAUCUGACGGUGUUUCUGCAGGGGCACGGCCCAUCCGGAUUCGACGAAAGAUGGUGCUUUCCGAACCCCAUGGAGUUUGUUAGUAACGCCGCCGAGGGUCGCUACUGCAAGGUCGUCGGAGCCCUCAGCGACUGGGGACAGGUCCCUCACGAAGAGAAGUAUAAGACGGCACUGGACACCGGCAAGAUGCGAAUAGGGCGAGUGCGCACAACGGGGGAGUUUUACACAGCCGUGUUCGGCACCCCGCCGCCCACCUCGGUGCCGCUGUGCUUCAGGGCCUGCUUCUCGGCCACCAAGGAAAAUCUCCGACGGCACCCGCGGAGUUUCUACGAGCGAGCCAUCUCGUUUUUAGACGACCACUCGGACCCGGAGGAGGGGCAUAUGAUGGAGCGGCUCUGGGCGACCAUUAUCAAUACAAAGUGAUCACUUCUUAAUGAACACACAAACAGGCAGUUGUGAGUGAAUGCCAUGAUAGACCUUUCUAUUGUUUGUGAACGUUGAGCGCCAUUUUGUAUGGGCUGCCGCAAGCGCAUACAUUGCAGCCGUGGUUGGCAACAUAUUUUUCCAAAAGAUUUCUCAUAACACCCUCAUUACAUAAGAAAAAGGCAUGUUUAGGAAGUUGAUUAUUUUAUAUUUUCAACAGUCCAAUAAUAUUGUUGUAAUCAUUUAUAAAUAUUCUUCAAUUGUUGCAGUGUUGGGCCUUCCAAUAAUGGCGAGUCAAAAUAGGAUCGCGUACAGCAGAGGGUCUGAUUCUUUAUUUGACUUAACAGUUGUUUUAAGUUAUCAGAGUUUGACUUAUCGAGAUUUCACUGUACAUACGGUACAAAACAGUCAACUCCAUCCACCCACGCUAGUGUUUACAAACGAAAGAAAGGUCUAUAACAGUGUGUCUUUGACAUGGACUGGUUCCCGCCUUUUAUGGCGUGUUUAAGUCCUGAACGUUACCGCUGAGAACCCGUUUACCGCCAUCUUGAAUUGCGUUCCGCCAUUGUUACUGGUACUCAGGAUUAACCUGCUGUAAACGCGUGUAAAGAAUGGAUACCAGUUUUUGUUCUAGUUUGUGCGUCGUUAAUAUACAGGGUGUCCAAAGUAAGUUAUGCAAGCAGAUAUCCUCUAAACUGUUUUUUUUUUAUAACAUAAGUAUUUCAUCUUGAUGGAGCAUAUUAAUUAUACUCUUGUGUAUAAUCAGUGAAAAUACCAUGGAAAUCCGUUCAUGCAAACCAGAGAUCUAACAGAUUGUAAAAGGCUAUGCCGGGGUUUUCACCAAUUUACACAGUUAGUGCGAUAUCAAUGCAGUAGAUAGUCAUGCAAGGGCCUUGUCACUAUGAUGUAGGCCUACAUUUAGUUAACUGUUAGUCCGGGGGUUGACCACGGAAGCGUGAUUUAGAAUCCGCACAAAAUGUUUUUGCAUUUUCUUGUCAUUUGGACCUUAUAGAUCAAUAUUCCGACGGGUGCCACCUUGGCACCCUUGAGCAUUAUUGUCAAUUAAUAUGCAAAAACAAUUAAUAUGCAAAUUAUCUCCCGCCAUAUAUCAAUCUAGGUUAUCAAUCUAGGUGCCUUGACCAUGUUUGGGGUAAACAAAUUCAUUAAAGCCAUUUUCAAUGAUUCAUUUGUUUUUAUGAAUAAUUAUGUGCAAAUUAGCAUCUGCCAUUAUCUUUCUUUUUUUAAUACUGAAAUGAAAAAUAAAGAAUUUCUAAUCGUGUGCCAAAUUA